AUGGCGGCCAUGCGGGCAAAUCCUCGAUUGCAAAUUGGAUCAAUACCAUGGAUAACGGAGGAGAGGUCUGCUGCCUUGCAGAUUGCAGAAUCGGAAGCAGAGGAAUUUACAUUUUCUGCGCGGAAUGAGAUCGAGUGGUUGAAUGAGCAUAUGGCGGAGAUAUUUAGUGAGAAUAGUGUGAACGUCGCGGAUAUUUUCAAAACACCUGGAAAGCUACGAGGGAAGACACCGAGAACCACGCGAAAAAACAAUCCUCUGGAGUCGCGUCCGCCAUUGUCAGAUGUCUUCUCAUCGACCCCACGAGGCGUGCCGAGUCCAUUCAAACAAACCCUUUUCCAACGACCAGUCGCGACAUUUCAGGUAGCGGAAGAUGAGCCGAGUCAGCCAGAACCUGUUAUGCAAGAGGCACCCCGUGUGGAAAGCCCGAUGCAGCGGAAACCAGUGCCAAACCAUUUCGACUCUGGAUACUUUGGAAGCCAAGCCACCCAACCUACGCAGGCCACCCAGCCUAACGAGCUCCAUGAUACACAGCCCGUCGAGAAGGCUUUCUCGCCGAAAGUGGAUAUUGCUAUACUCGACACCAUUGAAAAUGCGGAAGAAGUUGCGGAUAGGGACUCAGAGGGUUCAUUCCAAUCUGCGAAGGAAGAGUUUCCCCGAAAUUUGGUGGAUGAGAUGCAACUUGACACGGAAAAUUCGAAGCCAAACAAUGCAUUGGAUGCAUUGACGCAACCCAUCCUAGAAUCACCGCUCCAGAGCAGAAUACCACAGGCAUCGUCUCCCCAUAAGCGCUCGCCACAACGCUCUCCAGAGCUGCCAAAAGCCACCUUGCAAUCCCCACCAAAGGAGGAAGCACAACUUAAAGAGCCAGGUCCUGUUAUUGAAGAUGAACAAAUGGAUGAUGUACAUUCCCCAUCUGAUGGCUCAAGCCCCAUCAGACCAAUCGUGGUUCGGAAGAGCAGCUUGAAUUUUGCAUCUUUGCCAGCACGCGAGCCACUUACUACGAAGAAAAGUCUCGGUAAUCGUACAUCGAGAACCAGUCAGUUUGAACAAUCCAGGACUAGUUAUUAUGGCCGAACGACCGGUGGGAAGAGCCUUGGAAAUGUCAUGCAUGAGGAUAACGACGAAGAUGACAUGGAUCUCGAUUUGGAUGAUACCAUGGCUGCCAGAGAGAAUCCAGAUGCGAAAAUGGCACGUCUCCACUACAAAACUUCCACACAAAGACUUCAAGACCAAAUCAGCAAACUUGGUCAAUCCCAAUCUCAUGCUCGGCCCCCGUCCAAAUCAAUCGCAGGAAGUGGCCUGGUCCCCCCACCAAGUAAUCAAGUUACACAACCUGCAACAUCCCAAGAUGCAACGAGCAGGGCAAAGUCACCACAGCGUAGGGAGCGUCCUCCACCUGGGGCAUUUCCUGAAGACGAGGAAGAAAGCUGGAUCGGCCCACCAACAGCCACACAAGGCGAACCAUCUAUCUUUAGUCCAAGGCUUCAAUUAUUGAAAAGCCAUUCAGCAGAUGUUAUGGAAGAAAUACGUGGUAAGGACAGCAUUGGUGGCUCACAAUUUAACAUCCCAAAGCGAGGGGAAGAUCAGCGGCACCGCUCACCCAUUCGUGAGCCGGUGAUCCCAGACAGAACAACAAGCACUUUAGGUCAUAUCAAGUCAGUAUCGACCUCCGUGUUAAGAUCGCCACGGAAGGCAGGUGAUUCUCCAGGGCACAAGAAACCAAUUUCCGUAUCAAAUCCAAAUCCGUCUCUCGAUGUGGAUGAACGACGUCCAGAAACCCCGAAAUCUCCUUCCAGGAGCUACAAAGGCAGUCCGCUAAAGGCUGCAAAAGAUAAAUUCUCUUCAAUUUUGAAAACCUCUAGAGGAUUAUUCGCUAGUAGUGCGGCUGUCAGUGCUGAUGCUAAGACAUCUGCAUUGUCUCCGCAUUCAUCACGUUAUGGAAUUCAACAUGCGCCGUCCUUUGAAGAUGUGUUAUCGAAGUCGAAUGACAAGGGGCCGUUGUAUCCAGUAUUAGACCAGGAUUCCAGUCGCCAUAUCUCCAGGAGUCCACCUAAGGCCAGCGCCCGCAAAACCCGAGCAUCAACCGAGCGGGAAGAGCGACGAAAGGAGGAAGAAGCGAUGGAAGCCAGGGAGGCCAAAGAAGCACAAAAGAUGGCCGACCAAUUGGGAAAAGCUCGUAUGAAGGUCAAGGAAGAGGCGCGACAGUACCAUCUUGAACAGGAGCGAGCAGCAGCCAUGCAAAAAGAGGCAAUGGCCCGUAAAGAACAGGAGAAACAGGCCAAGGCAAGCCAGCCAAAUAUUCCGAAGGCCACAAGGAGUAGCCCCCGCAAGGCUAAGGAGCCACAGGAAGCCAAGGGCGUUGCAAAUGCUUCUUCUGGGGAUGUUUCCAGUCGAGACGUUGAAAUGACUGACGCAUCUGCUAUGCCACCGCCUUCGGUGCCCCGACCAAAGUCGCAGAUUGGAAGACCCGGGCCAAAACGCCCCAUUAAACCGGCCAAAGAACCUCUCACGAAGAACAAGCCACCUACUGUCAUCCGAGUCGAUACUGGGUCACAACGCGGCCAUCAAUAUCACCCAUCAAACUCAACACUUGCUGCAUCUCUGCAGGAUUCUUUACCAGCACCGUCUGGGGGGGCUCCUCAAGGUAGUCUGAGGAAAAAAGCCAGCACCAGCUCGAUUCAGAGCAAAGCAUCAACAACCAGCUUUAAAUCAGCUGCUAGCAAGGCUCUAGAAGCCGCAGCUAGGAAGAAAGAACAGGAUGAACUUGCGGCCCAACGAAAGCGGGAAGCCAAGCAGGAAGUUGAACGGCAACGUGCUGCUCUGAAGGAAGAGGAGCGCCGAAAAGAAGAACAACAGCGUAGACAGGAAGCAGAACGCCAGCGCGAUAUUCAACGCGAACGGGAGAGAGUUGCUAGCAUUGCAGAUGCUAAAAAGGCAUCUGUCAGACAAGCCGCUGAGAAGAGGAGACAAGAAAUUGAGAGAGCGAAACAAACCGGAGCUCCACCACCAGCUGCGCGUCAUUUGCAAGAUAAGGCAUUGCCACCUGUCCCAUCGCAGCGGGCUGAGAUGAACCAGUCGAAGCCUCGAAUGGAGUCGACGAUAAAUCGAACCCAAGAGGACCUAGGGAGACCAGUGAACGCAGCAUUGCAUACUGCAGCCAAGGUCCCUCCUAAGCGACCGCUUCAACAAGAUAUCGCCGAUGAGCAUCUCCGCCCUGCGCUUCAGCGAAAUGGGCCAUCUUAUCAGAAUGAGCCACAUGCGAAGCGUCGCAGAACCAGUGAUGGAUUUGAUGACGAUGAUUUGACCGAGAAUCAGCCCAAGAUGACUGCACCCCCAAUCCGUCAAUCCAGCAGUCGACCCAAGGACGUUCAACCUAAAUCGUUAUUCCCAAGUGGAUAUGCACACGCUCCAUCUUCCGCCAAUCUUCAGCGGUCGACACUUAUUUCUCAGCACAAUGUGAACCAGUCCAAGCCUACACAUCCGAUGGACAUGGCACAACUAUCAAAAGCGCCAAUUCCGUUUGCACCCAGCUCAAGUCAAAUUAAACCUCAGCCAUACAAGACUCCGGCACGCCCGGCUGGGGCUAAAUCCCAAAUCAAAUCAGCUGCUAAAUCCGCUGCUAAAUCAUCUCCGCACUACCAAAACGGGGAGAACAUCGACCUUCCAGACAUCAAUACUGACUCUGACGACUCCGAGGACGAUGCAGAUAAUGGAUUUACCGCUCCGGAUUGGACCAACUCACCAGCUAUCAGGGAGCAGUUGACCAGACAGGAGCCCAUGGACCCAUCUCAAAUCUUCGGUAAUCCUGGGCCGUUAAACAUGGAGGAAGUUUUCAGCAAAAGCAAGGAUAAGUUUAGCAGGUUUAGGGACAGGACAUCGAGUGCUAAUUGGGGCGGUAUUGAUCGUCUUACAGAAGAUGAAAUUCGCAGGGACCUUGAGGCAAGAGAUCGUCUACGGAGACAGGGGGGUUGGACGUAUGACUCUAUGAUUUGA